GGUGCACUUUUAUCGGGACUUAAUUAAACUGAUUUAAGAAAACAAACUAUCUGCCACACCGAGGCCCUGGUUUGAUCCGCGGCAGUCAGGGCGCGUUAGCCGCUCCGCCACCGCCGCCACCGCCCAGCUGGCCUCCGCCCCUACCGCCGUUCGUCGGACUCGACGGCGCGCUCAGUGAACCGUCGAGCGCGCGCCGGCGGCGGUCGGGACGGGUCCGGUAGCGAUGUGGGUGCGGCGGGCCCGACGUGGCGCGUGUUGAGAGUCGCUGGCUCGGCGUGACGACCUUAGAGCACAUCGCGGUGUUCUGCGGUGCACCGGAGGUGCCUGAUUGGUGGGUGACCGUCUGAGGCCCGACCCGGCCCGGGGAGGCCCGCGGCUGCCGCAGCCAUGCAGUCAGCCUACUCGAAGCGGCAAAAGGACCGUCUGCGACUGAGCGAGGACCGGCACCGUCCACUGGGUCGCACCAUCCGACAGACUCUGGCCGAGAUCUGCCGGCAGACCAUCAUCUUCCUGUUCAACCAGGUGGGCGUGGGCUGCCUGCUGCUGGGCUACACGGUGAGCGGCGCGUUCGUGUUCCGGCACACGGAGGCCGAGUACGACCGGCAGCUGACCGCGCACGUCGAGAUGCACCGCGAGACGACGGCGCGCGACCUCUGGGAGCUCACCCGCCAGAUGAACCAGUUCAACGUCACAGAGCCGGACUGGUGGCGACUGGUGACCAACCUGACGGCCGAAUACCAGCAGGACGUCAUCGAGUUUGUGCGCCGCGGCUACCUGGGCGGCAGCAGCGACCAGAGCAUCUGGACGGUGCCGUCCUCCAUCAUCUACUGCAUAUCCAUCUACUCAACCAUAGGUUACGGCUACCUGACGCCGCACACCACCUGGGGCAAGAUCUGCACAAUCAUCUACGCCAUCGUGGGCAUCCCGCUGAUGCUACUCUACAUGUCCAACGUGGGAGCAGUGCUCGCCAACUGCUUCAAGUUCGUCUAUUUCAAAAUGCUCCGGCGGCGGCGGCGCGCCCAGCUGCGCUCCGACUACUUGGCGUUCACGUCUGGCGGCGCGGCCUCUGUGAGCGUGGAGGAAUGCCUGGCGUCGCUGGCCCGCCGGCCGGAGCCCACCACCGUGCCCAUCACCGGCUGCGUCCUCGUCAUGACCGGCUACGUGCUGGCCGGCGGCGUGCUGUUCGGCCGCUGGGAGGGCUGGAGCUUCCUCGACGGCUGCUGGUUCUGCUUCAUCUCGCUCGUCUCGGUCGGAUUCGGCGACCUCGUCCCCGGCUUCUCGGUACGCGAUACGGACAGCACCAGUGUCGACGUCAAGCUGAGUCUGUGUGCGGUGUAUCUCCUGCUAGGUAUGUCGCUCAUUGCCAUGUGUUUCUCGCUGAUGCAGGAGGACGCCAUAGGGAAGCUGAAGAAGUUUGUGACGCGGAUGGGCUGUCUGCGACAGACCGACGAUUGGGACGCUACCACGUCCAGCGACCCGGCCUAGUGAAGGCGAGGCGGCCGGUCGGCCGGACUCACGGACCAAGGGCGCGUCAAAAGGCCGGACUGCGUGGCAUCUGACCUCACUAUGAGAGGUAACGACCAAUGGUGACCGGACAGGGAAUACGUGCGGCUCGCGAGCGAUAGAGGCCUCGCACGUGAACUGUGGCGGACCAAGGUACCGCGAGUGACAGCUGUACUGCUUCGUGUGUGGCUGAUGGAACCGCUGGUAGACAGGUGUCCAGUGAGGAGGCUAUCUCGAUAGUGCGCGGUGAGGCCGAGGGCAGCCCGGCAGUGACGCUCACAGUCAUGGACAGCUUCAGACGCUGUAUUCGCCGUUUGUACAGAUGCGUCGACCUCUGGCGGACGGUGCCGACAGCGCCGCCCAGCGGGCCAACGGCGAACCAUGCACCGUCAGCCGCGAGCGACAUAUAGCCGAUAUACGCAAUACAACGCAGUCAAUGUAACACAAAAA